GAAGUCAUUCUUCUUCGUGGGAGGAGAAGAUGUUGCUUAGUGCCACGUUGAUGGAGACCAGUGGGGACGUGGAAAUCUGUCUCGAAUCCGCAGCCGGUACCCGGUGUUGUAACCUCCUCUUCAGUUUCCACAGCCGUGAGUCCCUGAGCAGAACCGAAAGGGGAACUUGUACGGGCGGACACCGUUAGUGUUUGUCACUUACAUAUAUAUUUUUUAUGUGUGCGUUCAUGUGAGAAGCAGAGAAGAGAAGGAUGAAACUUAAAGAGAUCAACCGCACAGCCAUCCAGAGCUGGAGUCCUGCACAGCACCACCCCAUCUACCUGGCAACAGGAACAUCAGCUCAGCAGCUGGAUGCCUCCUUCAGCACCAAUGCCUCCUUGGAAUUUUUUGAGCUGGAUUUGGCUGAGCCAUCUCUGGAUAUGAAAUCAUGUGGUAGCUUUUCCACCACUCACAGAUACCACAAACUGGUGUGGGGUCCAUAUGGUAUGGACUCCCAGAGUCAUCCCUCUGGUGUUCUCAUCGCGGGGGGGGAGAACGGCAAUGUCAUUCUGUACGACCCUGCAAAGAUAAUGGGUGGAGAGAGCGAUGUCAUCAUUGCUGAGAGUGACAGGCACACAGGGCCAGUGAGAGCUCUGGAUGUCAACCCUUUCCAGACAAACCUUGUUGCAUCAGGUGGAAAUGAGUCUGAAAUCUAUAUAUGGGACAUGAAUAACUUUGGAUCGCCAAUGACACCAGGACCUAAAACACAGCCUCUGGAGGACAUCAGCUGCGUGGCUUGGAACAGACGUCAGCACAUCCUGGCCUCAGCCAGCCCGGGCGGUCGGGCUUCAGUGUGGGACCUCCGCAAGAAUGACCUCAUUAUCAAAGUUAGCGACCACAGCAACAGAAUGCAUUGUUCUGGCCUGGCUUGGAACCCAGAAGUGGCCACUCAGCUGGUCUUGGCCUCGGAGGACGACCGGAUGCCCGUCAUCCAGAUGUGGGACUUGCGAUUUGCUACCUCUCCACUCAAGAUUCUAGAGCAUCACUCACGGGGUAUCCUGGCCAUUGCCUGGAGCUUAGCAGAUCCUGAGCUGCUUCUGAGCUGCGGGAAGGACAGCAGGAUUGUGUGCUGGAAUCCAAAUACAGCCGAGGUGCUGUACGAGUUGCCCACCAGCAGUCAGUGGUGCUUUGACAUCCAGUGGUGCCCCAAAAACCCCGCUGUGCUGUCAGCUGCAGGCUUUGACGGGCACAUCGACAUCUACUCCAUCAUGGGAGGGAGCAGCCAGGCACAGAGCCUGAGGCAAGCUGACCAGAUCUGCAACUCUUUUGGGAACAUGGAUCCUUUCGGGACAGGACAAAUCUUGCCUCCGCUGCAGCUGCCCCAGACUGCAGCCCCUCCAGCUACAGGCAACCCCCUGAAGAAACCCCAAGUGGAUUCGCAGACCUGUGGAGCCUCAUUUGCAUUUGGUGGGAAGCUGAUAUCUUUGGAGAAUACAAAGCCAAACCCCAGCAGCCGCCGCAACAGCCCCUUCACACGUUGUGCACGUCACCAGGUUGUUACAGAAAGCUUUUUGAAGCGCUCUGACCAGCUGCAGGCCACUCUGAGCUCAGGCAACUUCGUGAUUUCUGCCAGGAAAAGAUCGAUUGCUGCUGGAAAUGAGUUUGAAAAAACUGUUUGGUCUUUCCUUAAGGUAUGAGAUUGAGAAAGUAUCAAAUAACCAAUAUUCAACAAAAAAUGUGACAUCCGCAGCAAGUACCUGGAACUUCUGGGGUACAACAAAGACGAGCUAGCUUUAAAGGUAUCAAAUUAUGCAGCUGACUGUGAAUCCGUCCACUCCUCUUCUGUACAGGUGGAUGUGCCUUCUUCAGCCACACUGCAGCCAUUAGCAUUCAUGCCCCCUGCGGACACUCCAGAGGCAGCGUUUGACAUGAUCGCCGCUGCAAACCUUCAGCCGGCAGACACACUCGAACUCAAUUCCUCUCCUGAACCCGAGGCUGAGGAUCCACCAGCGGCAGAUCCAGAAGAUGCUCUUAGCAGUGAGCCAUACCCCAAUUUGGAUCAGGUUCUCCCAGAGGAGGAGGAGGCGGAUGAGAACGAGAAGGUAGAGGAGGAGGACAUCCCCUUAGAUCAGGAGAUGACAGCAUCAGUGGAGGAGGAUCCGAGUCCUGCUGAGACACUAGCACCUAUUGAGGUCCCAGCUCCAGCUCCAACGCCAGCAGGAGGGGUCAACCUCAGCAUCAAUCAAGAUGUGGACGGGCUGAUCACGCAAGCUCUGCUGACUGGAGACUUCGAGGGAGCUGUGGAGCUUUGUCUCCAUGACAACCGAUUGGCAGACAGCAUCAUAUUGGCCAUUGCCGGAGGGCCCGAACUCUUAGAAAAAACCCAGAAGAAGUAUUUUACAAAAUCACACAGCAAGAUAACCAAGCUGAUCAGUGCAGUGGUAAUGAAAGACUGGCACGACAUCCUAAAGACAUGCGACCUUCAGAACUGGAAGGAGGCUCUGGCUGCUGUCAUGACCUACGCUCAGCCUGAGGAGUUCUCUUCCCUCUGUGACCUUCUCGGGGACAGACUGGAGGCAGCAGAGGAUGCUAACCUGCAGUCUCAAGCCUGUCUCUGUUACAUCUGCGCUGGCAAUGUGGAGAAACUCGUCUCUUGCUGGACCAGAGUGCAGGAUGGACACUGUCCUCUCUCUCUACAGGACCUGGUGGAGAAAGUGGUGGUGUUGCGGCAUGCAGUAGAGCAGACCCAGUGCUGUGGUCCCACUGCUAUCGGCAUCCUGCUAGCUGAAAAGAUGAGCCAGUAUGCCGACCUGCUGGCCUCCCAGGGCAGCCUGGCCACUGCCAUCGCCUACCUGCCUGAUAACAGCAACCAAGUUGCCAUACAGCAGCUUCGUGACCGUCUCGGUCGGGCUCUGGGGCAGCAGGUGUCUGCUCCUGCAGCUCCGGUGCAAACCCAGAGAUUUCCAUCUCAGCCGCCUGCUCCUCAGGCUCAGCACGGCUCAGCCCUGCCUCGACAUCCGUACACCCACCCGGUCCAGCCCACCAUGGUGCCUCAGCCCACACCAGCAGCACCGGUGCCUAUGCCUACCCCGGCCUCUGCCCCAGCACAGCCACAGUAUUACCAGCCAGUGAGGGCUGCCUCCACUGUCACCUCCUGGAGUAACCAAACUCCCACAGCCCUCCCCAAUGUCCCUCCUCCUCUUCAAGUAGGCAGCACCUCAGACCAGAAGGUGGAGCCUUCAAAUCCCAUGUAUGGGAUGCCAGCCUCCGGUACGGCUGCAGCUCCUCCGGCCUCCUCCACUCCUGCAUACAUGACCUCUCAUCAGUACCAGCCUUACCCCCAGGUCAACCAGUACCCACCUGGAGCUGGGGGGGUGCCUCUCUUUCAGCCUCUUCAGUACUCCUCUGCUCCUCCUCAUCCACCCCCUUCCGCAGAGCCGUCCUCCCCUCCUCACCCCCCUGGCUUUCUCUCUGAGUACACACAGCCCAUCCAGUCUCAGCCAACAUCUCCACCCUAUCCCGGACAGCCUCCACUUAGCCAGUGCCUGUCCUCAUCUCCUCCCUCCCAGCCUCUUUUCUUUCCCAGCUCUUCUUCCUUUACUGCUCCUCCGUCCUCCGGAGUGUCUUUCCAGCAUGGCGGGCCAGGAUCUCCUGUGUCGUACAUGCCUCUUCCACCGAGCGGAGUCUCAGGGCCUCAGAACGGCUGGAAUGACCCUCCGGCUCUGACCCGAGCAUCAAAAAAGAAGAUUCCAGAGAACUACACCCCCCCUACCCCCAUCACCGCUCCCAUCAUGACCCCACUGGGCACUGACCCUCAGGCACUGCCGAUGUCCUCUGGGGCCCCUCAGACCGGGAUGCAGGGGCCACAUGGUGCACAGGCUCCCUACUCAGGCAUGCAGCAGCAGCAGUUCUCUCCUCCAGCCAUGAACCCUGCAAUGCCCAAGACCAGCAUGGAGGGUGCUCCAGGAGCACCCACUGGAGACGUGAUACAGCCUCUGCAGUCCAUCCCUGCUGAGAAGAUCCUGAAGAAACCCAUACCUGAUGAGCACCUGGUCCUAAAGACCACGUUCGAGGGGCUGAUCCAGAAAUGCUUGGCUGUAGCUACUGACCCUCAAACUAAGAGGAAGCUCGAUGAUGCAAACAAACGGUUGGAAGCACUCUAUGACAAGCUCAGAGAGCAGACACUCUCUCCCGCCAUUGUAGGAGGACUGCACAACAUAGCCAGGAGCAUAGAGUCCCGAUCCUACACAGAGGGCCUCAACAUCCACACCCACAUAGUGAGCAGCAGCAACUUCAGCGAGACUUCGGCGUUCAUGCCCGUACUCAAGGUGGUGCUGACGCAAGCCAACAAACUCGGGGUCUGAUGAGGCUGAAAAUCCCAGCCGCUCCUCUGAGUGCCGGAGCACAGAGGCCGGAGGAGAGAGGGAGACCGGUCAGGGGUCGAGCUGAGCAUUAAAAAAUAGUUUCACAGGGAGCUCCUUCAAUGCAAACGAUGAAGAAUUUUGUAUGAAAAUACUGUUAAAUUCUUCUCUGUGCCAUUCAUGUUUCUCAAACAGAAGCCAUGCUGUCAGUCGCACUCAGUGGUGAAAGUAAAUUGUGAGCCGGUUAAAGGGCUGUUUAAAAAAAAAAAGCUUCCACCUGAACCUGUCGACCGGCUGACGAACCACACUAAGCAUUUGUUUUUAAAUUAAUCUGGUUAGUACACAACAGUUCAGUUAACAAUGGAAAUAAAUAUGAAAGCUAUAAAUCAGGAUUUGUUUUAAAAACAGGUAAAGCAAACGAAGCUUAAUGAAUUUUAAGGGCAUUUCUCUCUGCUGAUGAUCACGAUAAUUAGUCACUUUAAAGAAUAAAGAUAAUGUCAGUAAAUUGUGUAUUAAUAGCAGACUCUUGAUGCAUGCUGUUCGCUCAAAAUUCAUGCAGUCGUGAAAGAAAUGUCAGCUUGUUCAUCUUUAUAUUCUUUAACCCUUUGUGCACUACACCAAUGCUGCGUUACCUUAUAAUCCAUAAACACGUCAAAUUUGUUUCUGCAAAGGAACACUUGAGUUGUACAUAUAAAUGCAUCAUUGCUUGCAUGCAUUUUGCAGUUGACCUGCAAAUAAGACUGAAGGUAAAGACUCAGCUGGAGAUACAACAUGAAUUGAUUAAAAACAUGGCAUCAUAUUGGCAAGUUAGAGUUAAAGCAAUACUUUGUAUCACAUGCAUUUAGAGGAAGAUCAGUGUAUGGAGUGUCAGUUAUUUUAUUUUUUUUAAUGCCUCUAUUAUGAUUUUUGUUUAAAAUUUAAACCCCUCGUUCUGCUUUCACUGACUUACUUUCACCACUAGUGUUACUACACACAACACAUUGGACCAAGAUAUAGUCAGCGUGUGGGAUAUUUCAAUGCAGAGCAGUGCAGUCCCACGCUUUGAGGACGUUGAUGUUUUAAUUUCUUUUACGUCUUUUUUUCAGUGUAAUAAUAAAGCUCAGCAGAGUGCAAUGGACUUGUCAAAAAGGCUGUGCUUAUGGAAUUUUUAAGUAUGCAUGCUUAAACAAAUGCUAGCAGUCAUAUUUCCUGGAAGUAAUUAUCUGCUAAUUAAUCAGACCUCAAAUGAAACUGGAAGUAGACUUGUACUUGAUUUUCAUUCCAACUUCGAUGAGGGCUGAAGUCUGAGUUGUCAACCUCACUUUAUGUUGUUGAUCAAAGGAAAACAAGUCUUUGUUUUUGAUUGACUACAUGCAGUAUUUUCAAUAAAUAGUAUUUAUUUA